UCACUAGCACAAUAUAAAGCCUGAUCAGCAGCUCUUUCAAAGUAGCUGAGAUUUUUGCUGGAGAAGAACUGGCCUUAUUUAUGCCUGGAAAACAGGUUUCAGAGAGUAUUUCAGGGAAUAUCACAAGUUUCUGUAGAACAUCCAUUACUGAGCACUCCAAGAGGAGGAGUCUGGAUUUCACUAGCACAAUAUAAAGCCUGAUCAGCAGCUCUUUCAAAGUAGCUGAGAUUUUUGCUGGAGAAGAACUGGCCUUAUUUAUGCCUGGAAAACAGGUUUCAGAGAGUAUUUCAGGGAAUAUCACAAGUUUCUGUAGAACAUCCAUUACUGAGCACUCCAAGAGGAGGAGUCUGGAUUUCACUAGCACAAUAUAAAGCCUGAUCAGCAGCUCUUUCAAAGUAGCUGAGAUUUUUGCUGGAGAAGAACUGGCCUUAUUUAUGCCUGGAAAACAGGUUUCAGAGAGUAUUUCAGGGAAUAUCACAAGUUUCUGUAGAACAUCCAUUACUGAGCACUCCAAGGAGCUGCAGCCCCUCAUGGCUAACACAGUUCUACAGACUCAGAAGAACUCACAGCUGCAGCAGAAUGAGCAACAGCACACACAAACCGAGUCUUCUAAACUUCAAAAGAUCAAAGUUAAACUCACACGCUUCGUGUCUUACUUCUCAGGAAAUAUGGCUCCUUUUGACACGUGGAUGAAAGAACAGUGCAUCUUGCUUCAGAUUUGUGAUUGGGUGUUGAGAGGAGCAGCACAGGUCAUGUUCGUAAACAACCCUCUGAGUGGACUGAUCAUCUUCGCAGGGCUGAUCCUCCAGAAUAGAUGGUGGGCUCUCAAUGGCUUUGUGGGCACUUUGUUUGCCACAAUCUCGGCCAUCAUUCUCAAACAAAAUAGAGGGGCAAUCGCAGCAGGCCUGUAUGGAUACAAUGGAAUACUGGUUGGUCUUCUAAUGGCAGUGUUCUCCAAUGCAGGUGACUGGUACUGGUGGCUUCUGCUGCCCAACAUCUUUAUGUCAAUGGCAUGCCCGAUUGUGUCCAGUGCCCUGGCCUCUAUCAACAGUCGGUGGGAUCUGCCCGUGUUUACUUUGCCUUUUAACAUUCUGGUGUGUCUUCAUAUGGUAGCUACAGGCCACUACAACCACCACUUCCCCCAGGUCCUCAUCCAGCCAAUCACCUCCUUCCCCAACAUCACAUGGUCUGAGGUAGAUUAUGCUAAGCUCUUCCAGUCCAUUCCUGUUGGCAUUGGGCAGGUCUAUGGCUGCGACAAUCCUUGGACAGGAGGCAUAUUCAUUGUGGCCCUGUUUAUUUCUUCACCAAUAACUUGCGCACAUGCUGUUAUUGGUUCAACUAUUGGGAUGGUGUCAGGUCUCGCUCUUGCGGCGCCAUUUGAGAAAAUCUACUUUGGACUGUGGGGAUACAACUGUGUCUUGGCUUGCAUUGCAAUCGGUGGAAUGUUCUAUGCGCUCACAUGGCAGGUUCAUCUCCUGUCUAUAGCCUGUGCAUUUUUCUGUGCAUAUCUUGGCUCCGCAAUUGGCAAUGUGAUGGCUACUUUCGGGCUUCCAGCAUGCACGUGGCCUUUCUGCCUGUCUGCCCUCACUUUCCUCUUGAUUACUACGGAGACAAAGACAAUCUACAAGCUGCCGCUUGCCAAAGUGACCUACCCCGAGAAAAACCUCAUGUUCUACAGGAAGAUGAAGAAGGAGGAGAAGGCUGAAAAAGUCAUAAAAGCAAACAAUGAGGUGCAGAUGAAAGAAGAUUUGCAAAUUUCAAAAGAUGUGGAAGUAAGGAUUAUGGUGGAGAGUCAAGAUAAAGAGUAGCAGGAAAUCUGAACUGAGACAAACAGCAAGAUAAGACAGUGUACAGCAGAAAGCCCAUUUCUUGCCCAUAAGUGAAUGCAGCCACUUGUAUGUCACAUACACUUUUUUGUUUUGCUUCCUAACAUCCGCACAAUGGUAAAUACAAUCCCCUCUGAAAGUAUUGGAACAGCAAGGCCAAUUUUAUUUUUCAUUACACAUUGAAGACAUUUGUGUUUGAGAUCAAAAGACGAAUAUAAGAUGAUAGAAUUUACAUCUAGGUGUGUUAAACAACUUAGAACAUGGCACCUUUUGGUGGAACCCACCCAUUUUUUCAAGUGAUCAAAAAUAUAGGACCACAUGACUGAUAAUUGUUUCUUGCUGCCCAGGUGUGCCCUGUUAGAUUGAUUGUUUAAAGAUUGAAUAGCUCUGAAUAUCUACUCUUGGUUUGAGCUGAAGGUUCCUGUGAAGACAUAAGAUUAGCAUUUGCUGUUCACAGUUUGUAAUUAUUAUUAUUAUUAUUAUUAUUAUUACUACCAUUUUUCUGCCAAAUUUCAUACAAAUGGCCUUUUCCUACUGCAACUUACAGUUGCAAUCAAAAUUAUUCAACCCCCAUUGCAAAUCAAGUUUAUUGUCAAAAUUUACAGACCUUAAUCUGUUUGCAAUGAACAAGUCAAACAAAAGCAACUGAAAUAGUUCAACACAACGAAUGCUUCAAAUGGUUUCCCCAAAUUCAACUGAAAAUGCAACUUAUAAUGAUUUCUUCACUUUCAAAAUUUCCUUCAUGGCAAGCAUCUUCAGUACUGAGUAGAGUUCCUUUUGCUGUUAUGACCUGCUGUAAACUAGAAGCAUAGCUUCUGGCAGCGUUCCUGAGGAACUCUGAAGCAUAGAAGCAUAGCUUCCUGAGCGUUCCUGAAGCCAUUCCUCAUGAGCAAUGGCCUCCAGUUCAGUAAUAUUCUUGGGUUUGCGUGCUGCAACCACCUUCUUCAAAUCCCACCAGAGAUUUUCUCUGGGGUUCAAGCUACCACCAUGCUUGACUGUGGACAGAGUGUUCGUUCUUCAUUCUUCUUCCUCCAGACAUACCGCUGAUCCAACGUGCCAAAAAGUUCCAGUUUUGUUUCAUCGCUCCACAGAACAGAAUCCCAAACUUCUGUGGUUUAUUUGUGAUUUCGAGCCGACUUUUCUUGUGUUUUUGGGUCAGUAGUGGUGUACGUCUUGGAGUUCUGGCAUGGAAACCUUCUGUGUUUAGUACAUGCCAUACUGUGCUCACUGAAACCUCAGUGCCUGUUACACCAAGUCUUGCAGGUUUUUUCCAGUCACUCGAGGGUUUUUCAUAACCUGCCUUCUUAGAAAUCUGCUUGCAGCCAUUAAUAGCUUCCUUUUUCUGCCCUGUCCAGAUAUUUAAUGUAUUUUCUGUAUCUAGCCAGUUCAGGUAUUUCAGGUGUUCCAGCUCAGGUACACCUGGUGCCACUAAUGAAGCCCUUGAUUAGUUGGAUCAGGUGUGCUUGAGGAAACACCUGUUUUGUAUAUUUGUGCUGUUGUGAGGGAUUCUAUUCAGGGGGUUGAAUAAUUUUGAAACUGGAGAAAUCAUAAUAAGUCGCAUUUUCAGUUGAAUUUGGGGAAACCACUAUAAGCAUUCAUUGUGUUGAACUAGUUCAGUGGUUUUUGUUUGAUUUGUUCAUUGCAAACAGCUGAUAUUCUGUACAUUUUGACAAUAAACCUGAUUUGCAAUGAGGGUUGAAUAAUUUUGAUUGCAACUGUAUGUAUUAUAUGUAAAUCAGUUAUUGUAUGGUUAAAUUUAAAAUGCAGAAUUAAACAUAAUUAAGUUGAAUUAUGA